GGGAAAAUGCCCUUGUCUGACCCCGGAUGUAAAACGCGGAGACUCCGCCCCCUGAGCAGAUAAACUCGAGUCUGAUUGGGUAUCUUCAAACAGCGAGUUCAAAUCCAGUUUAUCAAAAUACAAACGAGUCUAAUAUCCACAUGUGCAUCAGACAGUCGGCAUUUUAAAUUCAAUAGAAAUCGAGAAAAAAAAACCUGAAAUGUUUCUGAGGACUGGAGGCUCGUUUCGAACACGUGACCUUGACCGGCUCGCACGACACGUGAGCACGUUACACUCAUGUUUUGACGGUAAAGCGGGACUCGUCCUCAGGUCUUCCUCCACGGACAUUUUCCAGAAUCUGGCUUUUGAGGAUUGGAUAUAUGAUCGUGUCGAUCUGCAGAGCCGGAACCUCUUGUUUUUAUGGAGGAACGCUCCGGCGGUGGUGAUCGGGAGGCACCAGAACCCGUGGCAGGAGUGUCACGUGGAGCUGCUGAGGAGGACCGGCAUCCCGGUGGCGAGGCGGCGGAGCGGUGGUGGGACCGUGUAUCACGAUCUGGGCAACAUAAACAUGACUUUCUUCACCUCGAAGAAGAAAUACGACCGCCAAAAGAACCUCGGGGUCGUCACUGGAGCACUGAAGGCUCUCAGGCCGAACGUUGAUGUCUGUGCUACAGAGAGGUUUGACAUUGUCCUGAACGGGUGUUACAAAAUCUCUGGGACUGCAGCCAGGCUUGGGAGGACAAGCGCCUAUCAUCACUGCACCCUGCUGUGUUCUGCAGACCGCUCUGUCCUCUCAGCGGUCCUACAAAGCUCAUGCACUGGCAUUAAAAGCAACGCCACCCCCAGUGUCCCUUCUCCUGUUGCAAAUCUCUCAGAUCACGACCCAUCUCUCAACCCUGAUUCCCUCAUGGACGCCAUUGCUUCUCGUUAUAAUCAUGAGUUCGAUCUUGACACUCCUGUCCUCACAGUCGACCCGGGAUCAGAGGUUCUAAUGCCUGGCAUUCACAAGAUGACCGCUGAUCUUCAAAACUGGGAUUGGGUUUAUGGUAAGACCCCGAAAUUCAGCGUUCGCACCUCUUUAACUGUGGAGAGCACCAACAUUGGACUGGAGAUGGGCAUCAAGAAUGGGGUCGUUGAAACCUGCCUGUUGGACGUACCCCAUGAGUGGCUGCCUGCUGACUUUGUAAAAGAGUUGUGUGCCAGUUUGACUGGCAUUCGGUUCUGUCCGGAUGAGUUUGUUGUGGCUGUGGCAGCUUUCCUGAGAACAAAUUCUUCCUGUUCUCAGCAUGUCCAAAAAACACUAAGUCUAUGUGAAAACAUUGUAUUAGUAAUGUAAAUAAAGGAGCUGAGGUUUUCUGUGAA